GUUGGCUUUGACACAUUAGUGUAGUCCUACUGAGAAGGCAAUCAUGCAGAAGGAGUUCAUGCCAUAUUGGAACCUCACUGUCACAGUGUUGAGAGCAAAAUUCAAUCAGUCACAUGACCUAUUGACGGAUUCUGACUGCUAUGUUGUCUUAAAAUUACCCACGGCCUGCACCUGCUCUCAUCGCACCAAGACCAUCACAAACAGCAAUGCACCAGAAUGGAACGAAACCUUCCGAUUCAGAUUACACAGUGGUGUCAAGAACAUUCUGGAACUCUACAUCUAUGAUGCUGACACCAUUACAAAAGAUGACUGCUGUUCUACCGUCCUGUUCGAUAUUAGUAACCUCACACUUGGACAAAAGAUGACAAAAUGCUUCAUUUCAGAUGAUCAGAAAAAUAAUGAGUUGUGGGUGGAGUUUAAUGUGACACCAAGCCCUGAGAGUCCUGUGCAGUACCUCUCUAAUGGAGUGUUGAUGGCAGCUCCGUUGUGUGCACUCGAAGUGAAAGCAGAUUCACUAAGGACUAAUGUAAACAACCUUCUAUUAAAACUGAGAGGUGCAUUUAAAGAAGACUGUAUGCUGUCAGACUCUAUGUCCUACUACAUCAAUCAAGACCUGGAAACUGAAUUUAGUCUCAUGCCAUCACAGAAUGUAACAGAAGUAGAUGGUGGAUCUGUCAACCAUGUAAACCCGCUGUCCACUGUCGCAAUAAAACCUGUACCAACUAAAAAAAAGAUCAAACUCUCUUUGCCUGUUGGAGAGGGUUCAGUACACCUGCAAGUAAAGACAGAACACCGCUCUAGUGAAGACAUGAAUGUACGCCUGGAUUUUGAUAUCCCAAACGAAGAAAAGAAUUUUAUGGUGAUGAGGAGGAAAGUGGUGUCACAAGCGCUACAGAGAGCUCUGAAACUCACCUCACCACCAGAACCCAGCAAGGUCCCAGUGGUGGCUGUGUUGUGUUCUGGAGGUGGGUCUCGUGCAAUGACGGCCACACAUGGAAGCCUUCGAGGUCUACAGAAGCUUCAACUCCUUGAUGCUGUCAGCUACAUCACAGGAGUUUCUGGCUCCACCUGGGCGUUGGCCUCUCUUUAUGGUGAUGCUGACUGGUCAAGAUGUGAUAUGAACGUGACUAUAGAGUCUCUUAAAAAAGAGCUCUCUAAAAAUGUCUUAAGUUUGUUUUCUCCCGAGCAGCUGCGGCACUACAAAGAAAAAAUGGAAGAGAAAGCAAAACAAGGACAUUCUGUCUCUCUCAUUGACAUGUGGGGGCUGGCUAUAGAGUACCUCAUACAUGGGAAGAAAAAAAUGGUUAAUCUGUCUGACCAGCAAACGGCGCUGUUAAAGGGACAGAACCCUCUUCCAAUCUAUACAGCUAUAAACAUAAAGAAUGGCAAGAAAGGAAAUACAACAGAGGCUGAAUGGUGUGAAUUCACUCCAUAUGAAGUUGGAUUUCUCAGGUAUGGGGCGUUUAUACCUGCACAAAACUUUGGCAGUGAAUAUUAUCUGGGUCACCUGGUCAAGAAACUGCCUGAAAUUGGGAUGUCCUCACUAUUGGGAAUAUGGAGCAGUGUUUUCUCUUUAAAUCUGACUGAUAUUUGGUGUUUUGUCACUGGAGUUACUCCAUUCUGGGCCAACAAGAUAGGAGAAGGCGUCACACACACAGACACAGAUGGUAAAGCAUCAACGCUGGACACGGUCCAUGUCGGUCCCAUCACUGAACUGGCAAAAAGACUAAGCGACUUUCUUACCAGUCGCCCCAUUAUCAGCCAAGCGUACAAUUUUCUGAGAGGUUUCCACCUGCACAAAAACUACACUGAAAACAGUGACUUCAUCGCAUGGAAGGAAAACCACCCAGAUGCUUUCCCAAACUCUCUCACACCGGCAGACUCCGCACUUGGCCUUGUAGACUCUGGUUUUAUGCUCAAUCUAGCAUUUCCUCCUGUACUACGCCCCAAGAGACGUGCAGAUGUUAUUUUGUCUCUGAACUACUCUUGGAAUGUGGACCACUUCAAGGCCCUGAAGCAAACUUAUGAGUACUGCAUUGAUCACAAGAUUCCAUUUCCAAGGAUUGAUUUAAAAAAGCUGGAUUCGGAGCCGAUUAAGGAAGUUCAUGUGUUUGAGGAUCAAGAAAAUCCAGAGGCUCCUGUAGUGCUUUACUUUCCUUUGGUCAACAUCACAUUCAAACAGUUUAAAGCUCCUGGAGUGAAGAGAGAGGGUAAGAUCGAGAUGAAGGAAGGUGAUUUUGAUAUCGACUUUAGUAACUCUUGUCCAUUUGCUACACAUAACUUUACUUAUGGACCUGAGGACUUUAAGAAGUUGUCCGACCUCACCACCUACAAUAUUGUAAACAACAAAGACAUAAUUCUAAACACCCUUAACAAAGCACUUAAGAAAAACAUGAAGUGAACCCAUAAGUUGCAAGCUGUUACCCACCUUUGUAGAUUUGAUUCCUAGAUUUGCU